AUGGCGGACGCGGCGGCGGCUGCGGAUUCCGAAGGGAUCGACGGCGUCCGCAUGACGUGGAACAACUGGCCGCGGUCGAAAGUGGAGGCGAGCAAGUGCGUGGUGCCGAUCGCGGCUUCGAUCUGCCCGAUCCGGCCACAUUCAGAUCUCGCCGUCCUCCCCUACCCUCCUCUCCGAUGCAAGCCGCCGUGCUCCGCUGUGCUCAACCCCUUUUGCCGCGUGGACUUCGCCGCCAAGAUCUGGAUCUGCCCCUUCUGCUUCUCCCGCAACCAUUUCCCCCACCACUACGCCGGCGUUUCCGAGACCAAUGUCCCCGGGGAGCUGUACCCUCAGUACACCACCAUCGAAUACGCCCUCCCCGCAUCUCACGACCCCGCCGCCGCAGCCGCCGCGGCGUCGCCGGUGUUCUUGUUCGUGCUCGACACAUGCCUCAUCGAGGAAGAGCUGGAAUUCGUCAAGUCAGCGAUGCGGAGGGCCAUCGGGCUGCUCCCGGAUAAUGCUCUCGUGGGUCUCAUAUCCUACGGUACGCAGGUGCAUGUGCACGAGCUUGGAUUCUCGGAUCUAUCCAAGAUUUACGUGUUCUGUGGAACAAAGGAACUGGCAAAGGAACAGAUUCUCGACCAGCUCGGGCUCGUCCCUGGGCAGCGGGCUGCCGCCAUGGUUGGAGGGACAGCCGGUUACCCUAAAGGAAUGCCUUCUAAUGGAGUAAACCCUAAAGCAACAUCCGUUAAUCGGUUUCUGCUCCCAGCAUCUGAUUGUGAAUACAUUCUCAAUGCGGUGAGUUUGUCUUUGUUUAAAUGGUGGGUUUCAUUUUAAGCUAUAGCUAUUAUUAAUACAUUUUCUUGACAAAAUUUUCUCCUUCUCUCAGCUGUUAGACGAGUUACAGAGAGACCAGUGGCCAAUUGAGGCGGGAAGCAGGGCUCUCCGUUGCACAGGUGUUGCCCUGAGUGUUGCCGCGAGCCUACUUGGGGCAUGCUUACCUGGUACCGGGGCUCGCAUCAUUGCUCUUGUUGGAGGCCCAUGCACGGUGGGCCCUGGAUUGGUAUGCUCUUCAACAUUCUCCUGAAAUAUUGUCUGAUAGAAACAAAAUUUUCUUUAAAAUGAUAGAAUUAUAUAGAAAUUACUAAAAUACAAGUUUAUCGUGGCUUGCCUGGUUGAAUUCUUUGCUGAGCUAUUUAAGAUAAGAGUAGGAGAUCAAGGUGCUCAAUGAACGUUGGGAGAUCAUUUGGGAGAAACUCUCUCUUCCACACUCCCCCUCCCCUCUCUCUCUCGCUCUCUCUUGAAGUUUGGGAUUUUUUCUCUGAAUAUUUUGGAUCUGUCCUAUCUAAUUUUUUUUUGCUGGUAUCUUUUCUGAAUGGAAACGUAGUUCUGUAGACAACAAAUAUUAUGGUGCUAUGCUUUGAAAACCGGAAAAUGUAAUGUAAUGUGUGGGCCAAAUUAGGAAAAGGUCUCAACAAAGUGGGGAUUGCUGAGAUUAUGGGCCUCUUAAUGUCUUGUAUCAGACUAUGUCAGCUCUGAAGUUAAGAAUGUGUUGUUGGUGAAGGAUAUUUACUUUAAGUUCAUAGGUGUACGGAGGGUUAUGGUGGCUAUUUUCUUUCUUAUCAUUCCCUUCCUGGAGUGUAAAGCUUAGCUGCUUGUUUAUUUUAUUGGAAGAGAGUGUAAAAGUUAGCUGGCUUCACUGAUUUCUCUUUCCUGGUUUGAUCACUUUCUCUUUGGUAUUUAAAUUGCCCCUUACCUUGUGCUACUUACUUUAUGCAGAUCGUAUCAAAGGAUUUAUCUGAGCCAGUGCGCUCACACAAAGAUCUUGAUAAAGAUGCUGCCCCACAUUUUCACAAAGCUGUGAAAUUUUAUGACAGUAUUGCUAAACAGCUUGUUAGCCAGGGUCAUGUAUUGGACCUUUUUGCCUCUGCACUCGAUCAGGUUUGGAGUUUUCUAUUUGAAACUUCAUCAUUUCAUCCUCACAAUUAUUUAAGUUUGUACAUUUAUUGCUAUAUUCCGUAUAUUGGUAGAGAAUGCUAAAAUGACGUUGCAAGUGCUUUUCUUAUUAAAAUUACUGUAGAUAUCAAGCAAUAUAAAUUAUGCUCUAAUUCAUUUAUCGGGAAAGUCACCUUGUGCUUUGUUUUUGAGGAUCCUGGUUUAUUAUUAUCUUAAGCAGUUGAAAUCAGGGAUUAGGUAAGGUGGAUGAUAGUUUUACGUCGUUAAUACAUUUUGGCCAGUUUGAAUGUGAAAUAGAUAUUUUAAGAAGUAAUGCUUCUAAAAAUAAGCUCAUGUGUUCUUCUUGGAGAAUUCUUCAACAGUAACGAAAAAAGAAAGAAAUUUCUUAUUGAAUCUCUAUAAACCACGACUUGUCACUCAUGUCCACCAUCCUGCCAGAUGUAGAUGCAUUCAGAAAGCAGCAUGUUAAUAACUUGAUUGUAAUAUGACUUUUAAUGAUGCUGCCAGGUGGGAGUUGCAGAGAUGAAGGUGGUUGUUGAAAGGACAGGUGGCCUUGUUGUUCUUGCUGAGAGUUUUGAACACCCAGUUUUCAAAGAUUCUUUUAAGCGGAUUUUUGAGGAUGGAGAACAGUCUCUUGGACUUUCUUUCAAGUAAGCUUUCUACAAUUCCUUUGUUUUAGACCUUUAUUUGGCACAUGCUAGUUACCGUUUCAGCCUUAUACUAUGUGAGCGAGGGCAUUCUUUUUCGUUUCACCUUUAUACUAUUUAUUACCCUAACACAUGUUUGAGAAUAUUCAGUGGUCUUUUCUUGAGAAUGUCAUGAUUAUUAGUUUGGGAUGCAUGUACACCGUGCCUCUCUGGCGCACAUGCAGUUUUGGUUCGCAUUCUAGUCCAUGUUGUUGUCCCUAUUGAUCCAGAUGACAUCAUCUCAUCAUACAUGCUACUAGAAAACUGUGAACACAAAAUAGGUAAUCGCUUAUUCCAUUAUAUUUUGUGGGGAUCCGUUGGAGAUGAUGGCCAGCAAAAUAUAGAUAUUUCAUCAGAGUUUUACAUUGGGGCCUACAUGUUUCAGUAGUAUCAUUUAUAUGCAGAGUAAUUCAUUGUUUCUUCUAUGUUCCAGCGGUACACUUGACAUUAAUUGCUCAAAGGAGAUCAAGAUUCAAGGGAUUAUUGGCCCAUGCACAUCCUUGGACAAGGUUGUUCAUUUUCACAUUAUUGUACAAUCUGUUUACUUGUUGAAAUCAUGUCUAAUGUGUUACUGUCUUCUGCAGAAAGGAGCCACUUCUUCUGAUACAGUCGUUGGGCAGGGAAAUACUACAUCAUGGAAACUUUGUGGCCUUGAUAAGAGUACUUGUUUGACUGUCUUCUUUGACAUCUCACCUAGUGAGAAAUCAAACCAACCUGGCCUUACUAAUCCACAGCUGUAUCUGCAGUUCCUAACCACGUAAGCUGCUGCGACCUUUGUAAUUCAUUAUCUAUACGUGCCACUUUAUUGGAAACUCUUUUGUAUUGAUCCAAUCUCAAAUGAUUUGUUGUUGUAGUUAUCAGAACCACGAAGGUCAGAUCAGGCUUAGGGUUACAACUGUCACUAGGAAAUGGGUUGAGAGUGCUGCUAACACAGAGGUUGGUUCUGUUCAUUCAGCGAUUGGAUGUAUCUAUUGGUUCUGUGAACACUGUUUUCAGAUGUCAUACACGUUAGAUAUGAUUUAAAUGUCUCUUUGCUAGGAUAUAAUAUAAUAGAUAUUAAUGGAAUUCACGGUAUUGUAAUGUAUUUAAGUACUUACGUUUUGGUGCUCUCAUAGACUUUACAGGAUUUUUGUACUUCCGCUUAUGGUUGAUGGCUUAAUUCUGGUGGUCUUCUUUUUUAUGAUCGGUGUUUUGCUGUCAUUAUCGCCAAUGGGGAAAAAGGGACGAUUCCUGUGAUCUCUAGAAUUCAUCAUUCAAUGAAUAAAAAGGGCUCUGUGACAUGGUUGCUAAACUUUUAAUGUUUCUGUUUUUGAUGUGAGGAUAGAUGCAGGAUAACCUUAUUCUUAGACUUCGCCCCAAAAAGUAACGAUGAAUGGUGUAUAAGUUCACCGUCAUUCAGUGUUUUAACCGUACAUGGUUACAAUGUUCUGGAAAGUUGUAAGCUGGUGACUAUUAGUUUUUUUCUUAUUUUCUGCGAACAAAUGACCCAUUUCUGCGUAAAAAGCUUAUAGAGACAUCGUUUUUAAAGUCCAGGAAUGUGCACUAUUAGAAAUAGUUCAUGUAUGAUUGAUUAGCAUCUCGCGCAGUCCUAUCAUAACUUGAAAGAAAAUUCUAUUUGUAGAAAGAUAAUUUAGCUUAUCUUGAUUGGCAAAUAUGUGCUUGGUAUAUGUUGAUAGUCUUGAAUUUUUCGUUCUUCAGGAAUUGGUUGGAGGGUUUGAUCAGGAGACUGCAGCUGUCGUAAUGGCUAGAUAUGCAUCAUUGAAAAUGGAAUCAGAGGUAAUUGAUUGAUCUUAUCCUUCUCUAGUCUCAAAUUGGGUGACCAAGGAUGAAAAAAGUUGACGUCAUAAGCUCAUACCUUUUAAUUAGAUUUAGUUGAGUAGGUUAGUGUUGCCUGUGCAUCCUUUUUUUUUUUCCUAUUUAAACCAUCAUAUCCUUUUCUCCUGUGCAUAUCCUGUUCUGCCAACCUUAUAAAGCUAUUUCAAUUUCAGGAAGAAUUUGAUGCAACAAGAUGGCUGGAUCGGUCUCUUAUACGACUUUGUUCAAGAUUUGGCGAUUAUCGAAAAGAUGAUCCAUCAUCUUUCACAUUAAAUCCAUGCUUCUCCAUUUUCCCACAAUUCAUGUUUAAUUUGCGGAGGUCACAGUUCGUACAGGUGAAGCAAGAAUAUCUUCUAUGAUCUCUUGCAGAGUCAUUCCUUGCUCAGUAGUGAGUACGGUUUUUUUCACGCAGGUCUUCAACAACAGUCCUGAUGAGACUGCAUAUUUCCGCAUAUUGCUGAACCGGGAGAACAUUACCAAUUCUGUUGUCAUGAUCCAGCCUUCGCUCAUCUCAUACUCCUUCAACUCGCCUCCUGUUCCUUCUCUGCUGGACGUUGCAUCCAUAGCUGCGGACCGCAUACUCUUGCUAGAUGCAUAUUUCAGUGUAGUCGUCUUUCAUGGCAUGACUAUUGCCCAAUGGCGUAAUAUGGGCUACCAGAAUCAACCUGAACAUCAGGUGAAUAUGAAUGAGCUAACUUGUAUAGUCUUUUGGAAAGUUGCACCAUACUAUUGUGGAUGUUGCAUGCUUCACUUUCAAAGUAGUGAUUAAUAUGUGCCCACCAUCAACAGCAACACAGUAGCCACCAACACAAUACUUUGCAGCUUUAGGGGAGGGAAAAGUGAUUGAAAAGACAUCGACUCUUCAGUUUUUCAAGAAUCCCUCUUGAUUAUACGACCCUGGACUGCUUUGUGAUCAUCAUCUGCAGUGGGCACAUUAUCUGAGUGGCUUUUUUUUUUGUGAUUGUCAAUGAUGUCCAGGCCUUUGCCCAGCUGUUACAAGCACCUCAGGAGGACGCCAAAAUUAUUAGCACAGACAGAUUCCCUGUUCCCAGACUAGUUGUUUGCGAUCAACAUGGUUCCCAGGUAUGUGAAAAGCUUUCAGCUUUCUAAUUUGGUCUAUGUUCCCCCUCUUAUUUGUCCUUUGCAUGAUCCUGGUGAGAUUUCAUCGACCCUACUUCACAUGGGCGGACAAGAAAAUGGCUCUAAAAUUGAUAGAGGGGAUGGAUGAGAGAGGGUUUGAGGAGAAAACCGUGGGAAGAUAUGGAGACAGGACAGGGUGGGAUCUACCAGAGGUCAAAACGCUCGAAACCCUUUUAUUUGUUCUUACUUUGAUCCAUUGAAGAGGAACACUUUGAUCCAAGCCCUCUUUUGCUUCAUGUUUUGAGAAAAAAUCCAGCCCUUUUGGAUCAAAUCGACCUUUUCAGACACGUAGAUGCUUCUACUAUCAUCACAGUCACAUAGCAGGGGCUAGCUAUCUCAGUCAAACUGAUUUAAUCUCAGGUCCGGUUGGUUCUCCUUGGAAUCACCUAUCACAGCUGAAGAACAUUACUUUAUUUGGUUAUUUAUUUAUAUAUUGAAAAAGCGUGAGAAAAAUAGCUGAAUAACACAUGGCUAUCCGAUUCAACUCGGAUUUCCUGCCAGGGUUGUUAGGUGUUGGAAUCAGAUGGUUUACGCUGACUAAUUUAUGGGAAAAGUCGGAAGAUCACUAUCUGACUUUUAUACUGCUGAUGAUAACAAAUGUAUAUUGGUGACGAUUGAUUGCCCUUUCAGGCGAGAUUUCUGCUGGCGAAGUUGAACCCAUCGGCCACGCACAAUUCCGCCAACGAUGUGGCUCCCGGCUCGGACGUGAUCUUUACAGACGAUGUGAGCCUCCAAGUUUUCUUCGAGCAUCUCCAGAGGCUGGCUGUGCAGUCGUGA